CCUUAAACCCCCGUUCUUUCCUACUCCUCCUCCGUCUGUUUCUCCUCUCCCUUCUCCCAUGGCGGCCUCCAAAUCCCUUUUCUUCUUCCUCGCCCUCGCCGCAGCCACCGCCGUCUCCGCCCACAAUAUUACCGACAUUCUUAAGGAUUUCCCGGAGUAUAGCGAUUACAGCAACUACCUGCAGCAGACCAGACUCGCCGACGAGAUUAACAGCCGGCAGACUAUCACCAUCCUCGUUGUCUCCAAUGGCGCUCUCUCCUCCGUUGUGGCCAAACAUCCUCUCUCCGUCAUCAAAAACUUCCUCAGUCUCCACAUUGUCCUGGACUACUACGAUCCUGCCAAACUCCACAAGAUCUCCAACGGAACCACUCUCUCGACCACGCUCUACCAGACAACUGGCCACGCGCCUGGAAAUCUAGGUUUCGUGAACAUUACCGAUCUCCAGGGCGGUAAGGUCGCAUUCGGCUCCGCUGCGCCUGGAUCUAAACUCGAUUCGAGUUACACGAAGUCGGUUAAGCAGAUUCCUUACAACAUUUCGGUUAUUGAGAUCAGUGCGCCGAUCAUCGCGCCGGGGAUUUUGACGGCUCCGGCUCCAUCGGCUUCCGAUGUUAACAUCACGGCUUUGCUCGAGAAAGCCGGAUGUAAGACGUUUGCGUCGCUGCUUGUUUCGAAUGGUGUGAUCAAGACUUACGAAUCGGCGGUUGAGAAAGGAUUGACCAUAUUUGCGCCAAACGACGAAGCGUUCAAGGCAGACGGAGUUCCAGAUCUGAGUAAACUCACGAAUGCUGAAGUUGUUUCGCUUCUUCUAUACCAUGCUCUGGCCGCUUACUCUCCCAUCGGCGCCUUGAAGACGACCAAGGAUCCAAUCGACACUCUGGCUACUAGCGGUGCCGGCAAGUUCGACAUUACGACGACUACGGCUGGAGAUGCGGUUACUCUCCAUACAGGAGUUGGAUCCUCGAGAAUCGCCGAUACAGUCCUCGACGCGACUCCGCUCGCUAUUUUCAGCGUCGAUAGUCUGUUACUUCCUUCGGAGUUGUUCGGAAAGUCUCCUUCGCCUGCGCCAGCACCUGAACCUGUGAGCUCUCCUACCCCGACGCCGUCUCUGGCUCCAAGUCCGAGCCCUAGCGCGAAGGCUCCGUCUCCGUUCGCCGCGUCCCCGCCUGCUCCUCCUUCCGAGACGCCGGAAGGUUCGCCGGCCAAUGCACCUAGCGCUGAGGCGCAAACCAGUACUCCUGGAAGCUCCGCCGUUCACGUGAAAGCUUCCGCCGUUGUCGUUGUCGCCGCCGUUGCUACCACCAUGUUUUCCUCUCUACUCUUGUCCUAAAUCGUAAUUCUCCUCUAGCAUCAGUCUCUUCGUUUAUUUUAUUUUUGUACUUUUUUUUUUUUU